AACGGUAGUCUGGGGCGAUGUCUUGAAUUCCGAAAAUAUCCCAAUUUGAAAUUCGAUCCUACUAUUUAAACUGAGACUGCAUCCCCCACUUUCUCCCUCACCCAUUCUAAAUUCUCUCCAUUUCGAAUUGAUCAAGUCGGUGACAACACCAGAACGCUGCUUGUGUUCGGUGUUAAUGGCAGUGAAAAGGAAGAAAACGGAGUCGUGCAAUUCGAGCGGGAAAAGGGGGGAAGCCAAUGAAAAGAAGCAGAAGAAGAAGGAGGCUUCUCCUUCUCCACCAACACCACCACUACGAGAACGAGAUGAUGGAACACCAGUGAGGGCCAUUGCUUGUCUCAAAAUGCACCAUGAUAUGAAGCGAUUCGAGGAAACCGAUGAUUGCUUCAUCCUUGGAUUCGAUCCUUACGAGCCUGUUUCCCUCUCGCAAGAUGACGGCGUCGAUAUCUCUGUUGUUGCUGAAAAGGGACAGGUGGCUUGUAGAGAUUACCCGCAUUCAAGACAUCUGUGUAUCAAGUUUCCAUUCAAGACAACAUCUCACGAGAAACACUGUGAAUUGUGCUACUGUUAUGUCUGUGAUAUUACUGCACCUUGUAAAUACUGGAGGACCAUUGAGGGUCAUUGCCAUGCAGAGAAUACCACUGUCUGGAAGGAUGUAAGGCAGGGUAUGAGGCACAGCAAACGUAAUUCACAGAGGUCAAAUGGUAUUUGAUGUAUUAUGCAGCUGUCAAACUCUACCUUAGAAUUUGUCAUUAUGGUGGGUUCCCUGUAAUUUUGGGAUCUAGGGUACAGGAUGGGAUGUAUAAGGUUCUCCCUCAAGAUAUGAUUUCUAAUCCUAAUAUGAAAAGUUGGUAUGAUAUAUAUCAGGGUCUCAAGUUAUAUUCUUGUGCUUAUAUAGAGGUGUAGUAUAAAUCUUAGACUGAAUGCCAAAGCAUUAUAAAAUGAAAAAUGUUAUG